AGGGGGCCGGGCCCGGCCGCCAUCUCCCGCCUCGUUCCCUCCUCCUCCUCCCCCGCCGCCGCCGCUGCCUCCUCCACCGCCGCCGCCUCCUCCUCCUCCUCGUCUCUCUCCUCCUGCUGCUGCUGCUGCUCCGCGGAGUCUCUGUCCCGACUCUCCCACUCACAUCGCUGCUGCUGCUGCUUCUUCCCUGCGCAUCAAAACCCUCCUGCACAGGCAAGUCGCGGGCGGAAGGAGCCGCGGCUCCCGUUGUGCCUCCAGUAGGUGAGGCGGCGUGACAUGAACGGAGACCUGCAGAAAAAAGGGGAAGGCGUGCAGACAUCCGGGGCAUCCACGAUGGCCUCCACAGAUGUUUGGACGCAGGAUGAUCUGACGACGCUCCUUGACCGCAUGCAUGCCUUGGUUCCCGAGAGCGACACAUUGAAAUUCAAGACCACCGAGCUUCACUUUGACUGGGAGAAAGUCAAGUUCGGUCCCUACUCGGGCGAAGUAUGUCGUGAAAAAUGGCUAAAGCUGACCACCGAGAUCCGCAAAUAUCGCACGAUGACGGAGUUGCUGAUCGAUGCAAGAGAGUUCGUGAAGAAUCCCUACAAGGGAAAGAAACUUAAGACACACCCCGACUUCCCUAAGAAGCCGCUCACGCCCUAUUUCCGCUUCUUCGUGGAGAAACGCUCCAAAUAUGCAAAGCUGUACCCAGAUCUCAGCAACCUGGACCUCACGCGCUGCAUGUCCAAGAUUUACAAGGAGCUGCCCGAGAAGAAAAAGAUGAAGUACAUAGAAGAGUACCAAAGGGAGCUGGAAAACUUUGAUAAGGCCAUGGCCAAAUUCCGGGAGGAGCAUCCAGAGCUGGUGGACACUGGAAAGAAGAAGUCUGAUCACCCUGAGAAACCCAAGACGCCACACCAGCUGUGGUACAACCACGAGAAGAAGAUCUUCAUGAAGCAGAACACGGAGAUGAACCAGCGGGAUGUGAAGGAGGCUCUGCGCAAGCAAUGGUCUCUCCUGCCCGACAAGAAGCGUCUCAAGUGGAUCCACAAAGCCCUGGAGCUGCAGAAGGAGUAUGAGGGUGCGGUGCGCAACUACAUGGAGAGCCACCCCGAGUACGUGCACGACGAUAACAUCAAGUCGGUGCUCUCCAAGGCAGAGAGACAACUCAAGGACAAGCACGACGGGAGGCCCAGCAAGCCCCCUCCGAAUGGCUAUGCGUUGUUCUGUGCCGAGCUGAUGGUGGGGCUGAAGGACAUCCCUUGCACGGAGCGCAUGAUCGAGUGUAGUCGGCAGUGGCGGUCGCUACCACACAAGGAGAAAGACUCCUUCCAGAAGCGUUGUGAGCUGAAAAAACGGCAGUUUGAAGUUGAAUUUCAGAGGUUUCUUGAGAGCCUACCGGAGGAGGAGCGGGAGAGGGUGGUGAAUGAAGACAAGGGCAAGGAGGGGAAGUUGGCGACUUCCACUGCCAGCCGGCCACCGGUGUCAAAGGAGGAGGAUGGGAGGGACAAGAAGGAAGCCUGGAAGCGAGGAAAGAUGCCCGAGACGCCCAAAACGGCAGAGGAGAUCUUCCAGCAAACGAAGCUUGUGGAGUGCCUGGUGAAAUACAAGAAUGACAAGAAGAAAGCCCUGAAGGCGCUGGACGCAGAGUGGAAAGGUUUGGACAAGAAGCAAAAAAUAUUUUGGAUCAAAGCAGCGGCAGAGGACCAGAAGCGAUAUGAGAGAGAAAUAACUACCCUGAGGACAACGGCCGCCCCCACACAUAACAAGAAGGUGAAGUUUGAGGGGGAGCCCAAAAAGCCACCAGUGAGCGGUUAUCAGAUGUUCUCGCAGCAGUUGCUGUCGAACGGUGAGCUGGCGCGCAUCGACCUUAAGGACCGUAUGGUGGAGAUCGGCCGGCGCUGGCAGAAAAUGUCACUCGCGCAGAAGGAGAAGUACAAGCAGAUGACGGAGGAGGCACAACGCAAAUACCAGGUGGCGCUCGACGCCUGGAUCAAGACGCUGUCAUCUUCUGAACGGGCAGCAUACAAAGAGUCCAUAGCCAAUAAGCGUAAAGGCGGCACCAAGUCGAGCGCACCACCAGCCAAGAUGCGCAUCACCAUGCCCAAGGCAGACACUUCGGACUCGAGCGAUGGCGAGGAUGAUGAUUCGGACGAGGAGGAGGGCGAUGGGACAUCGGGCUCGGACAGCGAUGACAGCGAUGAAGAUGGCGAGGAGGCAGAAGAAGAGGGAGAGGAAAACCAGAGCAGUGGCAGUGAUUCUUCGACGGAUGAUUCUGAUGACUCGGACUCUGAGUAACCUCUGCCCAGCUCGUCAGUACCGACCGUUCCAUCCAAACUUAAUACUUUUUUUUUGUAUCCAACUACCCUUGCCGUCUUACAUGCAACAAAAACUUGCAUUGACACACACGCACGCACCCUAUUGCUGGUUGAAUUUUCCGGCAGGGUAUACAUGUACAAAUUGAUAACAUUUAGGGCAUUAUGAGCAGCCAUUUUACCUUUAAGCUUCAUUACCAUCUUUGGCAUGUCGUGUUAGGCAGUUUUGGGAAGAGAAAUAGUAAAAAACACUAACUGUGCUGAUUUCAUUUGGAGGUUAUAACUUUUUUUUACAUAAAGCAUGGAACUUUAUGAUGUUAAUGACAACCCAAGGGCUGCCAAUUUUAGCAAAAUUUGACAAUUUAUGGUUUCAACCAAACAGGUUAUUUUUUUUACACAUGCGACCUGUUUCUUUUUUGUCAUCACUUAGUACAUAUUGUGUAAUUUGUGAACAAUUGUACAUUCUUUUGCUAAUGGGGAUUUUACAUCAAUGGGGAUCUAACUUGGCGGUGACAUGGCCCAGCGAUAGCACGUUUGCUGCGUGCUUCAGUUGUUCGUGGUUUGAGUCCAGCAGGCUGCCCUGGUUUAUACAAUGUAUGUGUUUAACCGUAAAAUGCUUUGCACCCUCUGCUUCACGGAGAACCUGAAGGGAUCCCCUGAUGUUAUUUGUUGCCCAGAAUUUGCGAAAUUUUAAAAUAGCCGACAAAUUACUCAGUUGGGAUGACACAUGGAAGUCAUAAUCCCCGACUGGCAAACUAAAUAUAAUGCCUGCUUUGCAGGUGGGUUGAGUCGUCCCCUCCUGCUGCACAGGGAUAGCUGCCAUUGCGGUUCCUUUUCAAACGUUAGAAAUGUGAUGCAAGUUACUUAAUGUGUAAAUUGAUCUGAGGGCACUUUAUUAAAACAAACAGCAUAGAUUUAAAUAGUGUGUGGAAUAUUUUUAGUGGCUAUCUUGGAUUGUUUGCAACCAUGUUGGAUGUUGUUGUGUGUGGUCCAAAGUGUUUACGAUUGAAGCAUGUAUCCAUCCUUUGUAGACGUCUAAUACUUAAAACGUAUAGGUACUGAAUUAUAAUAAGAAAGCCAUGUUCACUCUUCAUAUGUAUUAUUGGGACUUAAUUGGAAUUUCGGUAUCCUACAUUUAUAUAAAAAAUUACGUAGAUGACAAUCCUUGACAGCCACACAAUGAAUGACCUUAAUAUUACAUCCAUCACUAAGCUAUUUCAAGAAUGUCCAUCUGUGGGUGCAAGCAAUAAUCUGAAGGCAAAGCUAAAAAAAAGUGUAAAAUAUUAAUUCUGGAUAUUCAUGCAAUUGGUAAUUUGGCAUCCGUAUUUUAAGCUAAUGUUGAUAUUACAAUUCCUGCUUUAUAUAAGCAGAGGUUGAAUGCCUAAAUCUUAAGUAAUCUUGUCUCGUACAGAUAGAUGCCAACACAUCAAAACGUAUGGUGAAUACAUUGCAAAAUCCAAGAAUGGCUGCAUAUGAUUAAAACGAUGGAUAACAAAAAAAAACAUUUUAUUUACUGUAAAUCAUUGAUCUAAAAAUCUACAUUGGCACAAAUGUACCAAAGAUUUUCACAUCAUCAAUCUUGCAUUAUGUUGCCCUUAAUCAGUGAUAACUUUUUUGUUGUAACAGUUAAGUCAUGUGUCCUGAUUUCAUACAAAAGAGUUGGUUCAUUUGGCUAAACCACAAACUAUGAUAUUGAUCAUGUUAAUUGGGGCGAGGGAGGGGUUGGGUGGGGGGGAAAAGGGAAAAAAACAUCCAACAAUGGCUGCACCUUUUGUCAUCUUUUCAUUCCAUGUACUUAAAUACGUUGGAUGAAAGCCACUUGUUUUGCCUGAAACACAUUCAUCUUCAGGAUCACAAACAACCUGAGUGUUCUAUAAUGGUGGUAAAUAGGUCUCUAGGAUUUUUUUUGCUUUAAGUGUCGUAAACAGUGUUCCCUGUCAUGUAGGGAUUUUUAUAUAACUAAACUUUGAUCUGAGCUGCAGCCUGUUAUGUAUGUUUCCCUACAUACAAUCCUGCGCCCGUAUUGAAGGGACAAUUCAUUCACACGUUAACUUGUAUUAGCAACCUUGUACAGAUUGUUUUGUUUACAUUCGGAGAAAUGUGAUAAAUUGUUUUUUUCCUAA